AAGUCCCAUGCGGAGGCAGACCGGAAGUUGCUAAGCAAGCUCAGAAGUUGCAGGCAUUCUCUUUUCUGACCUUCCUUUUGCACCUCAAUGAGUGGUUGUUAUGCAAUAAAGAGGGAUAUUUAGACUACCAAAGAAUAGUUCUACUCUAAUUCUCUCUUUGUGUGUGUUCUAAUGAGGACCCUUUUCAUUUCCUUAAGCGAAUUAGCUAUAUCUGUAUAGCUUCUUUUUCUCUGUGGCAGUUAUUUAUGGACAGUCUGUAAACAUGUUGCGGGAUACAAGGAGGUUGUUGCUGGCUCCCUUCAAUGUGGUGUGUUUAUACAGCAAGUGUAUGUACUGCAGAAAAGCCAGACUUCUAGCAAUAAAAUGUGUUAAAGGCAAUUUGAAUCUUCAGAGAAAUUACAGUUUUCCAGCAGAUGAAGUAAAAUCUUUACGGUCUAUAAUCACGCCGCCACUGUCUAAAAUCCGCAACAUUGGCAUCAUGGCUCACAUAGAUGCAGGAAAAACAACUACCACAGAGAGGAUGCUGUAUUAUUCUGGCUAUAUAAGAACCCUUGGAGAUGUUGAUGAUGGAGAUACUGUAACAGACUUCAUGGCCCAGGAGAGAGAACGUGGCAUCACCAUUCAAUCAGCUGCAGUAACAUUUGACUGGAAGGGCCAUAGAAUUAACCUAAUAGACACACCAGGUCAUGUGGACUUUACAGUGGAGGUGGAACGUUCCUUAAGAGUGCUGGAUGGGGCAGUGGCUGUGUUUGAUGCUUCCGCUGGUGUGGAGGCACAAUCGUUGACAGUAUGGAGACAGGCAGACAAACACCAUGUACCACGGAUAUGUUUUUUGAACAAGAUGGACAAAAAUGGAGCAAGGUUUACCCUUGCAGUUGAGAGUAUCGAGCAAAAACUGAAGGCUAAGCCUCUGCUUGUACAGUUGCCAGUUGGAGAAGCAAAGACCUUUCGGGGAAUAGUUGAUGUGGUUAGCCAACACCAGAUCAUUUGGAAAUCUACAGCAGACUUGGAUGAUGGGAAGAUCUUUGAGCUGAAAUCCUUGAAAGAAAUUAAUGACCCUGGGCUGUUAAGGAAUGCCACUGAAGCAAGAAAUGCCUUAAUAGAACAAGUUGCAGACCUGGAUGAUGAAUUUGCGGAAUUGGUCCUUGGGGAUUUCAGUGAGAGUUUUGAUUCAUUACCUGCUGAUAAGCUUCAUUCUGCUAUACGAAGAGUAACCUUGGCUCAGAAAGCAGUUCCUGUUCUCUGUGGAAGUGCAUUAAAAAAUAAAGGUGUUCAGCCAUUAUUGGAUGCAAUCACCAGAUAUCUGCCUGCUCCAGAUGAAUGCAGCUAUGAUUUUCUGGAAUGGUAUAAAGAUGAUUUGUGUGCUCUGGCAUUCAAAGUACUUCAUGACAAGCAGCGUGGUCCACUUGUCUUUUUGCGGAUUUACUCUGGAAAAAUGAAGCCUCAGUCGGCUGUCUAUAAUAUCAACAAAAAUUGCAUAGAGAGAAUGAGCCGCUUGCUUCUGCCAUUCGCUGAUCAGCAAAUAGAAAUCUCUUCAGCAACAGCUGGCAACAUUGUCCUGACUGUUGGGCUGAAACAGAGUGCCACUGGGGACACCAUUGUUUCAUCAAAAGCUUCUGCAGUGGCUGCAGCUCGCCAGGCGGGAAGGAAUGUGAGGUCACCACACGGUCAAGAUGGAGAAGCGCAGAACCUUCUCUUGGCCGGCAUCGAGGUUCCAGAGCCAGUCUUCUUCUGCACCAUAGAGCCACCUUCCAUGGCCAGGCAAGCAGAUCUGGAUAACGCCUUAUCUUCUCUGCAGCGGGAGGAUCCAAGUCUAAAAGUCAGGAUAGAUGCUGACACUGGACAGACUAUUCUUUGUGGAAUGGGCGAAUUGCACAUUGAGAUUAUUCAUGAUCGAAUCAAACGUGAAUAUGGACUUGAGACCUAUCUUGGGCCUCUUCAGAUAGCUUACAGAGAAACGAUCCAAAAGUCGACUGGGGCUGUAGAUACACUGGACAGGACCAUAGGAGAAAAACGACACCAAGUGACCAUAGAACUGGGAGUCAGACCAUGGGAGGGGGAAGUGCCAGCAACAACACCAGUGAUUGAAUAUUCUGAAAGCAUCUGUGAUUCACUUCCGCCAGAGCUUCGUGAAGCUAUAGAAACUGGAAUUAGUAAUUCUUGUCUUCAAGGACCACUUCUGGGGUUCCCAGUUCAAGAUGUAGUAGUGACGGUACAUGCGGUCACAGCAAAUGUAGAUGUAUCACCGACAAUGGUUUCGGCUUGUGUUUCUCGCUGUAUGCAAAAGGCUUUAAAGAAAGCUGAUAAACAAGUGCUGGAGCCUCUCAUGAACAUGGAAGUCACCGUGGGGGAAGACCACCUUGGUGCAGUCCUUGGUGACCUUGCACAGAGAAGGGGAAGCAUUCAGGAGAUUCAGAGUCGCCAAGAUAACAAAGUUGUGAUUGCAUCCGUUCCACUGGCAGAAAUGAUGGGGUAUUCAACACAUUUGCGGUCCUUAACCUCAGGCACUGCUACAUUUACUUUGGAACUGGCAAGUUAUCAAGCAAUGAGCCUCCCUGAGCAGAUGGCUCUGCUUCAUAAGAGGAGUGGCCUGGUAUAACACUCUGGAUGAACAAAGGAUUGCUUUUAUCAUGGGAAGAAGACACUGUGAGAUAAUUUUGCAUGUGGUCAAAAAUGCAAAUCUACUGCCAUGUUCAAUGAAUGUGUUUUGAGAUGCAUAAUUAUUUCCAUCUUUAAAAAAUGCACCAAUUCUUAAUGUUGUGAUGAGGACAGAUUAUUUCAUUAUCAGAAUAAAACCAAAAAACACA